AUGGCCAGCAAUGGUCCACUCCCCACUUUGUCAGAAAUUUCUCCAGCCUCCGAGUCCCGGCUCGACCACCUCGACGACCACCACAAAAAUGUAACUCACAAUCUCGAGUUGACAGCCGUAACAACCUCGCACUCGCGGGCAUCAUUGUACUUCCCCGAUGGCGGUCUCAGAGCAUGGCUCGUAAUCCUCGGCUCUUUCUCCGUAAUCUGCGGUACCUUCGGGCUCAUGUCCUCCGUGGGACUCUUCCAAUCCUACUGGCAAGCGAACCAGCUAGCCAACUAUAGCCCGCGGGACGUAGGCUGGAUAGCCGCCGUCAACAUCUUCCUCAACCUCUUUUUGGGGGUGCAGAUCGGUCCAUUGUUUGAUCGCUAUGGAUCUCGCUAUCUGGUUUUGGUGGGGAGCGUGGUGUAUGUGGUGAGUUUGGUGGUGUUGGCGGAAUGUACCCGGUACUGGCACUUCAUGCUUGUCUAUGGGGUGGUGAACGGUAUUAGCGGUGCCUGUUUGACUACGACUGCGUUGGCAGUUGUAGCGCAUUGGUUUGAGAGGAGGCGGGGACUUGCGAGCGGGAUUGCAUUUAUCGGUUCGAGUGUCGGCGGGAUUGUCUUUCCGCUUGUGCUGAAGAGCACGCUUGAGAAUUUGAGUUGGGCUUGGGCGCUUCGAGUUGUGGCUCUUAUUGCGGGUGUGCUCCUGGUUGUAGGGAAUCUGUGUGUUAGGGGACGUUUGCCACCGAGGAGGAACGGGGGGACUGUGGAUUUGAAGUGUUUACUGGAUGCGAGGUUUGGCUGGGCCACUGCAGGGAUUGCUUGCUUCGAAUUUGUGCUAUUUGGCGUCUUGGGCUUGUUACCGUCCUAUGGCUUGUCCCAAGGUUUCAGCAAUCAAGCGACAUUUAACAUAAUAGCAAUUCUAAAUGCUGGCUCAGCAUUUGGCCGCUUCUUCUCAGGAUACCUAUCUGACCGCUGGGGCCGAUUUAACACUAUGAUCCUAACCCUCCUCUGGUCCCUCAUCGUAGUCCUCGCUUUCUGGCUACCAGUCAGCAAUAACGUGAUACUUUUCUACACCUUCGCCCCGCUCUUUGGAUUCGGUUCUGGCAGUAUUAUCAGCAUGGCGCCGGUUUGUCUCGGGCAAUUGUGCAAGGCUGAUCAGUAUGGUCAAUUUUACGGAACAUCUUAUAGUAUAGUCUCAUUUGCGUAG